CCUUGGAAGUGUUUUCCCCCACUGAACUUCAGCUAGGAGGCCCGCGUUGACCUCAUGUCGUCUAAAGAGGCAGACAGAAUUAGUGCUGCUCAGCAGACCCUUGACACCCUCUAUGAGAUCUCUCAGCUGCUUAAUACACAGCUUGAUAAGGAGACGCUCGCGACAUGUGUGGGUAUGAUCGAGAGUGGUGUCAACCCAGAGGCCCUUGCAGCUGUCAUCCAGGAGCUGCGUCGUGAAACAGCUACUGCACAGAACGCACACUCUGAUGUCUUUUUUUAUCGUGGUUGAUCAAGCAGAGUCUCCAAGCAGUUGUGCCACAUAUAACCUACUGAGGUCGCCCUUCGAGCAGACAUAGGGCUUGAUAUGUAAUUUGACUUUGUUUUGAGCGUAUCGAGCGUAAUCAUCUUGUAGCCUUGGAAGAACACGUUUGAGC